AUGCGUCUUCCCACCCUUUCCUCUCCCUGUGCUUGGCCGGUCUCGUCUCGCAUUCCUCUCCGAACACACAGCUUGACCUCGCCAUACCUUGAUUCGGAUUUCCAAAGCCGCUGGUUCGACUUCGGAGGAGACACAGUGGUUCGAGCGGAUAAGUACAUUCGUCUCACAGCCGAUCGCCCUUCGCAGCAAGGCUGGCUCUUUUCUCGCGUGCCUCUGACGGCGACCAACUGGCAGAUUGAGCUGGAAUUCCAAAUUCACGGCAAUGGCAACUUACACGGUGAUGGCUUCGCUCUGUGGCUCACCAAGCAGCGAGCUACAAUGGGCCCUGUCUUUGGAUCUACGGACCGAUUUGAGGGCCUGGGUAUCUUCUUUGAUACAUACAAAAACAACCGCCCAGGUGUUUCAUUCCCCUACGUUAUGGCCAUGAUGGGCGAUGGCCAGACCACAUACGACCAGGCGCAUGACGGUAAAGCCAACGAGAUUGCUGGAUGCUCUGCGCGUGGUCUUCGCAACGCGAACAUCCCUACCAAAGCCCGCCUUACCUACUUCCAGGAUAAAUCGCUCUCUCUCGAGCUGCAAUAUAAGACCGAAGAUACAUGGACCGAGUGCUUUACCCUGAGCUCCGAGGAUGCUAAUAUUGCCAUUCCUUCUGUUGCGUACCUGGGUCUCUCCGCGGAGACCGGUGAGCUGAGCGACAACCACGACAUCAUUUCACUAAAGGCCGAGAACCUCUACUCUGUCAACAACAAGAACAACGCCGGUGGUAGCCGCGGAGACAGCUCGCGUGGUCGGGGUCGCUCAUCCAGGGGCCAGAAAAAGUCCGGUAGCUGGAGCUGGUUCCUGUUCAAGUGGGUGCUAUUCUUCGGUGCGAUUGCCGGUGGUUACUUCGGCUGGACUAUCUACCGAACCAAGAAUCGCUCAUCGCGUUUCUGA